AGGGCUCCUGCACGGGGCCAUCCUGCAUGCCUAAUCGGCUAUUUAAGGAACUGCCUGCCAGCAGCCCAGACACCCCCCCCUCCCCACGUACACCCGUCCAGAGCCACCUUAAAAGCGGGAGGCAAUUGUGAAGUCGCUGGCCAGCAAGUGGAGAGGAGACUGCAGAGGCAGAUAAAGAGAAGGGCACUGAGAAAGGCAGCAAGAGAUUAAUCCUGGGACCCAGAAAAAUCCGUGGUACCCUAUGGAUAAUCAAGGCCGCAGAGACACAGAGACAGCAAGAGAAAAGAGAUAAAUCUAUUCAACACCAGAAACUUCUCUGUCUCUCCCCACUCCCUUCCCUCUCUCCCUUUCUUCCUCUGCCUUCCCUUCUUUAGUUCUCUAGUCCCCAAAUUCCUGGUCCCCUGUGCCCUAUCCUGGGGAUACCAUGUUGUUCUUCACCCUCCUGUUAGAGGUGACUUGGAUCCUGGCUGCAGAUGGGGGUCACCACUGGACAUAUGAAGGCCCACAUGGUCAGGACCAUUGGCCAGCCUCUUACCCUGAGUGUGGAAGCAAUGCCCAGUCCCCCAUCGAUAUCCAGACAGACAGUGUGACAUUUGACCCUGAAUUACCUGCUCUGCAACCCUAUGGAUAUGAUCAGCCUGGUACUGAGCCUUUGGACCUGCACAAUAAUGGCCACACAGUGCAACUCUCUCUACCCCCUACCCUGUAUCUGGGUGGACUACCCCGAAAAUAUGUAGCUGCCCAGCUCCACCUGCACUGGGGUCAGAAAGGAACCCCAGUGGGAUCGGAACACCAGAUCAACAGUGAAGCCACAGCGGCAGAGCUCCACAUUGUACAUUAUGACUCUGAUUCCUACAGCAACUUGAGUGAGGCUGCCCAGAAACCUCAGGGCCUGGCUGUUCUGGGCAUCCUAAUUGAGAUGGGUGAGACUGAGAAUCCAGCUUAUGAACACAUUCUGAGUCAUUUGCAUGAAAUCAGACAUAAAGAUCAGAAGACCUCAGUGCCUCCCUUCAAUAUGAGAGAGCUACUUCCCCCACAGCUGGAGCAGUUCUUCCGUUACAAUGGCUCACUCACAACUCCCCCCUGCUAUCAAAGUGUGCUCUGGACAGUCUUCAAUCUAAAGGCCCAGAUUUCAAUGGAACAGCUGGAAAAGCUUCAGGAGACACUGUUUUCCACAGAAGGAGAGCCCUCUGAGCCCCUCGUACAGAACUACCGAGCUCCCCAGCCACUCAAUCAGCGGAUCAUCUUUACUUCUUUCACCCAAGAGGGAUCCUUGUACACCACAGGUGAAAUGCUGAGUCUAGGUGUGGGAAUAUUGGUUGGCUGUCUCUGCCUCCUGCUAGCGGUGUAUCUCAUUGCUCGAAAGAUUCGGACAGAAGUCACUUCCAUAAACUAUACUUCUAGGAAGAAGAGGCUGGGAAACCGGAAGAGUGUUGUCUUCACCUCAGCACGAGCCGCCACAGAGGCAUAAACUUCCUCUCAGAUAUCACAGAUGUCCUCCCCUCACACCUAUCAGGGAGCCUCUGCAAUGGGGUGUGGGGACUGGUCAGAAAACACAGCUAGGAGUAGUAGCCAGAUACCUGUCCCUUUGGACAUCUUCCACCCCAUAGAGGUAAGGACCCAGAGGGAAAAAGAACAGAACCUUUGGCCUCUCAGAGCAUGUGGGAGGAGAUCAGAAGAUCCAUGUAUACUAACACAGAAGGCAAGCUAUGUUUAGUUGUAAGGGAAGUUGUAGAAGUGACCCAAAGUCCCCCAACCCUUACCCCUAGAUAUACUGUCUCAUCAUCUAGAUAUACUGCAGGAACUUCCUUUAGGGAAAAGGGCUGCUGUUGGGGUUAUAUAUUUCUUUUUUGCUCAGUAUAUUUGGAAAUUAAAAUUUCUGACCUCAUUGCUAAUCUAUCCUUUAGGGCUCUUGAAGGUGGGGCAGUUCCUUAAUCCUUCAUGUGAUAGAAAUGGACAAAGGAUAAGGAUAAAGAAGCCUGGGUGAUUAAUUCCUUUUAUCCCAACCCCUGGAAUGAGAGAUCUACUUCUGGGAAGAUAUGAAACCUAGUUACUACACAUUAAACCACAAGCCCAGAUUUCUGCCAUUGCACCAAAGCUAUGCUUAGAGA